GCUGGUGGCGAGCGUGCUCUGUGGAUGUGGAGUGACAGAAGAUGCUUUUGUUGAAAGAAUAAACAAGUAGUGCUAUCAAUGAGCAAUAUCUAUUGCCGGGAAGCUCUUUCGAAUCCGGAAUCGAUAUGGCAUACUGGAUCUCUACUCAUAACCCGUACUUACGCGCCGUCAUUCAGCUGGCGCCGGAAGCUCUACUGCUGGACACGGCUCGAAAACUCGACGAGGAAAGGACGUCGCACGGAAGUAGAGGUCCUCUCCACGGCAUUCCCAUACUUGUCAAAGAUAACAUUGCAACGCAUCCGGAUCUUGGAGUCGCUUCAACUACGGGAGGAUGUUACGGGCUUGUAGGCUCACGCGUAUCUUCCAGCGCACCGGCGGUAGACCGACUCGUGAAAGCAGGGGCAAUCAUCUUGGGGAAGGCCAAUUUAUCCGAGCUUGGCUGGUUUAAAGGCGACGGCAUCCCUAGUGGGUGGUCUGCACUCGGUGGACAGACCCAGUCACCAUAUGUGAAAGGUGGCGUUAGGCCAGACGAUACAUUUUCCGGACACAGCAACCCUGGUGGAUCUUCUUCCGGGUCUGCUGUCUCUGUUGCUGCCGGUUUAGUUACAGUUUCCAUUGGGACGGAGACUGAUGGCUCGAUUGUUUUUCUGGGAACUCGAGCAGGACUAUUCCGCCUCAAGCCAACCAUUGGACUCGUAUCUCAAGACGGCGUCAUCCCAAUAUCAAAGCUUUCCGAUGCCAUUGGCCCUCUAGCCAAAAGUCCCCGAGACGUUGCGAUCAUGCUUGACGCAAUUGUUGACCCGUCUACAACCACAAUUCCGCAAGGCGGCUAUGUUUCUCAACUCUCUUCGGAAUUGGAAGGUCUCAAGGUUGGUGCCGUGGACGUAGAGCCAUGGCUACUAUCUUCUUUCUUGAUCAAACCAGUGGAGAGUGCUACACGCCAAGAGAUUGACGACAUCGAACGCGCGUACAAAGUUCUGGGAGAGAAGUUGGGUGCGUCGUUUCACGAGAACAUCGAUCUUGUCUCAGCAAAGUCUGUGGGAGAAGAUGCAGAUGGGAUUGAUCAUUUUGGGGACCUCACAUACGCUGACUUCCGACCUCUGAUGAAUGAGUAUCUUGAGGGCCUUGAAGAGUCUCCUAUCCGUUCGUUGAAAGACAUGAUUGAGUUCAAUGAGGCGCACGCCGAUAAGGAACUCCCACCGGACCAUCCACAGCAAAACAGACUCGUCCGGGCUCAAGCAUUUCACUCGGAUCCUGUGAGAUACGAACAAUCGCUGAACUACAUCAGACGGAUGAGCAGGGCGGAGGGUAUUGAUAAGGCACUCUCCCAAUAUGACAUUGAUGUUAUCAUUGGACCUGCUGAUAGCUUUCUGUCCACGCUAGCAGCGGCAGCUGGCUACCCUCUAGCGGUCUUUCCUUUGGGACAGAUGAAAUUCAAUGGACGCCCAUUCGGUCUGGUAGCAUUGACUAGAGCACACGGGGAAGACAAACUACUGCGAUUCAUGAGCGCAUGGGAGAAGACGUUUCCAAGGCGUCCUGUGCCCGACUUAAGUCGUUUGUGACCGCUUGGUAAGAUCUAAAAUUGCUGGGUGGACUUCAGAUCAAUGGGUCAUUUGUAUCACUUUCUCACAAGUGAAAUGUCCUCAACAGAGAGAGUCCCGGUUGCAUGAACGGCCGCUUUUUGAACCGUCUUUUUACUGAGCUCAUUAAAAUUACUUCGAUACUCGGACUUUUAGAUUGCAAUAAACACGAGCCAUAAGCAUGAGCCAUAGACACAGCUGUAUGCAUGUUCAUCUAAUCAUUGAAUAGGAU